AUGAAGGCACCUUUUGACAGCAUGCGCAGAAUAUUUGCGUCAGAAGAGGAUCUGAAAAGGUCAAUUUCGUCUUUACACACAUUACAAAAUGGCCACUUUGAAAAAUAUGUAGAUCGACUGGAGGGUAUCCUUCCGGACCUAUUAAAAUGGGACCGAUUGGACAAUCUAGCAGACGAUUUAGGGAUGGAUCGUGUUUUAUGUCAUGGAGACUUCUACCCUAUGAACACCCUUUGGAAAAAGGACGAUGAAGGGUUUAACUUGGCUGCUGUGAUAGAUUAUCAGUGUUCACGUGUUAAUUAA